GGGCGUGGCUACUCGCUAUAUCCCUUAGCCCCGCCCCAUUCCCGUUGGUCCCGCCCCUUUGAGCUGUAACAGGCGGUGUCGCCCUUCGGUCCUGUAAGUUCCUCUGGGCAGAGCGCCCUGCAGUCUUUCGCAGAAAGCGGUCCGGGCGGAAAGCGGUCCGAUGGCUGCGACGCGGGCAGGGCCCCGCGCCUGCGAGAUCUUCACCUCGCUGGAGUACGGACCGGUGCCGGAAAGCCACGCAUGCGCACUGGCCUGGCUGGACACCCAGGACCGGUGCUUGGGCCACUAUGUAAAUGGGAAGUGGUUAAAGCCUGAACACAGGAACUCAGUGCCUUGCCAGGACCCCAUCACAGGAGAGAACUUGGCCAGUUGCCUCCAGGCACAGACAGAGGAUGUGGCUGCAGCCACAGAGGCAGCCAAGACCGCAUUUGAGAACUGGAGCCAACUCCCUGGAGCCAUCCGGGCCCAGUACCUGACCAGCCUGGCCAAGACGAUCCAGAAGCACCAGCGGCUGCUGUGGACCCUGGAGUCCCUGGUUACCGGGCGGGCCGUUCGAGAAGUUCGAGACAGGGAGGUCCCCCUGGCCCAGCAGCUGCUUCACUACCAUGCAGUCCAGGCAUACACCCAGGGGGAGGCACUGGCAGGCUGGGAGCCCAUGGGAGUGAUCGGCCUCAUCCUGCCACCCACGUUCUCUUUCCUUGAAAUGAUGUGGAGGAUCUGCCCUGCCCUGGCUGUGGGCUGCACCGUGGUGGCCCUCGUGCCCCCAGCCUCCCCGACACCCCUCCUUCUGGCCCAGCUGGCAGGGGAGCUAGGCUCAUUCCCAGGAAUCCUCAACGUGAUCAGUGGCCCUGCCACCCUGGGGCCUGUCCUGGCCUCCCAGCCUGGAAUCCAGAAGGUGGCCUUCUGUGGAGCUCUUGAGGAAGGACGUGCCCUUCGGCGGACCCUGAUGGGCCAGUGGGCUGAGCUGGGCCUGGCACUGGGCGUGGAGUCUCUGCUGCUGCUGACUGACACGGCGGACGUGGACUCGGCCAUGGAGGGUGUUGUGGACGCAGCCUGGUCCGACCGCAACCCGGGCGGCCUCAGGCUCCUCAUCCAGGAGUCUGUGUGGGAUGAAACCUUGAGGCGGCUCCAGGCGCGGAUGGGGCGUCUUCGAUGUGGCCGAGGGCUGGAUGGAGCCGUGGACAUGGGGGCCCGUGGGGCUGCCGCACGUGACCUGGCCCAGCGCUUUGUGCAUGAGGCCCAGAGCCAGGGUGCACAGGUGUUCCAGGCUGGUGAUGUGCCCUCAGAGAGCCCAUUCUACCCCCCAACCUUGGUCUCUCAGCUGCCCCCAGCCUCCCCAUGUUCCCAGGCAGAGGUGCCGUGGCCUGUGGUCGUGGCCUCCCCUUUCCGCACAGCCAAGGAGGCACUGGCCUUAGCCAAUGGGAUACCCCGGGGGGGCAGCGCCAGUGUGUGGAGCGAGCGGCUGGGACAGGCAUUGGAACUGGGCUACGGCCUCCGGGUAGGCACAGUCUGGAUCAAUGCCCAUGGCCUCAGAGACCCUGCAGUGCCCACAGGCGGCUGUAAGGAGAGCGGGUCUUCCUGGCAUGGGGGCCCCGAUGGGCUUUACGAGUAUCUGCGGCCCUCAGGCACCCCUGCCCAGCAGUCCUGCUUUUCUAAGAACUUCAACUAUGACACCUUUGGCCUUACUGUGUCCCCAACCCUGCCAGCUGGGCCUGAAAUAGGGCCCAGCCCAGCACUCCCCUAUGGACUCUUCGUGGGAGGCCGUUUCCAGGCCCCUGGCGCCCGGAGCUCCAGGCCCAUCCAGGAUUCCCUGGGGAAGCUCCAUGGCUACGUGGCUGAGGGCGGACCCAAGGACAUCCGAGGUGCUGUGGAGGCCGCUCACCAGGCUGCCCCUGGCUGGGCGGGUCAGUCGCCAGGAGCCCGGGCAGCCCUGCUGUGGGCCCUGGCAGCCGCGCUGGACCGUCGGAAGUCCACCCUGGCCUCGAGGCUGGAGAGGCAGGGAGUGGAGCUCAAAGCCGCCGAGGCGGAGGUGGAGCUGAGCGUGAGGCGACUUCGGACAUGGGGAGCCCGGGCCCAGGCCCAAGGCCACUCCCUGCAGGUAGCAGGGCUCAAAGGCCCUGUGCUCCGCCUGCGGGAGCCCCUGGGCGUGCUGGCCAUUGUGUGUCCGGAUGAGUGGCCCCUGCUUGCCUUCGUGUCCCUGCUGGCCCCCGCCCUGGUCCACGGCAACGCUGUGGUCAUGGUGCCCAGUGGAGCCUGCCCCCUGCUGGCCCUAGACGUCUGCCAGGAUGUGGCCACCCUAUUCCCAGCGGGCCUGGUGAACGUGGUGACGGGAGACCGGGACCACCUGACCCGCUGCCUAGCCUUGCACCAGGAUGUCCAGGCGCUGUGGUACUUUGGAUCUGCCCAGGGCUCCCAGUUUGUGGAGUGGGCCUCAGCAGGAAACCUCAAACCAGUGUGGGGGAACAGAGACUGCCAGCGCGCCUGGAAUCAGGAGGCCGAGGGGGCAGGCCCAGAGCUGGGGCUGCGAGCGGCACGGACCAAGGCCCUGUGGCUGCCGAUGGGGGACUGAUGCCUGAGCACCAUCCGCUCCACCUUGGACAGAGGGGAGAUGGACCCCAACAGACACCAGAAGCCUGGAACAUUCCCUUAGGCUUCCCGUGCGUUCCAAUAAACUCUCUGACCAACC